AUGGCCCCAAGAUUAAUAUCCCGGAGGAUCCUCCUGCACCCCGCAGGUUCCCGCCCGCGAUGCCUCCGGAGCUUUGCGAACCAGUCCCGAUCACGACCCAUCCUGCCAUUCCUCUUCAUCCCCAGAUCAAGUCCCAAUUCAGUACGACGCUUCACAUCCGAACGACAGAGAUGGUGGAAACAUGAGGCGAAGCUCGUUGUGCGCUACACUCUCACGCUGUGGGGAGCCGCCAUAUGCGUCUUGACCAUCUUCUUUGCAGUCAAUGAGGAGAUUGUAGAGCGAGAGUUUCCGACGCCGCACGAGUGGCAUUACUUGACGAGGAAGUUUCUCCGGGACGCAAACGGCUUCAAGGAUCCAAAGAAUGGCGAGAUCAACUGGGCGAGGGCGCUGGAGCUGGCGCGAGGAGUCGUCAUUCGGUUGGAAGACGUCAAGACUGGCGGACAGGACGUAAUCAAGCUCUCGGAUGUGGUCGACCCGCUGCUGGAGGUGCCCGGAGAGUUUAUUGCCUGCGACAUUUCAGCGAAAUCCGAGGAAUGGCGAAGAGGAUAUUUCGAGGCCAUCAUGUUGGCAGCCAAAGCCGCAGAGCACGUCGACGGCUGGCAGAGAGACAUAACACGCAACAUCGUAACGCCCCCCGAAUUCGUCAUCGGCCCGUCGAAUCCUCACCCGACCCCAAUCCCGCCAGGCAACCCGUCAGCCCCCCGCGAGGAAGACUGCGAAACCGCCUAUCCGUCCGCCGACAACUGGUACACCAAAAUCCUUGCGACCAGAGGCCUGACCUCGCGCCAGAAGAUGGAAGCGUGCCUGGAAUACGCCAGUUUCAUGGAAUUCAAGGGCAAUUCUGAUGGUGCCGAAUCUCUCUACAAGCUAGCACUCGCAGAAGCAACCUCCGACGUCGACCCAAAGAAAACGCCCUACGACCCAAGGACCCUGACUCUCAAGGAGCGCGCCGGACCACCAUCAAUGAACGUCCUCGAUGCCCUGACAGCCACGGCCAACCACAUAGCUCGCAAGGGGGACAUCUCCUCCGCCCUACCAAUCUACCUCUCCAUCCUCAAAGCUCGCCGCUCUCUAUCUGACGACCCCCCUCGCACAACAGCUUCUAAACCCAAAGUCGAAUCCUUCACUCAGCAGAUAGUCAAAUUCUUCGCCCCACCAGACUAUCCUCCACCUCCUCCCGACGGCACACAACCUCCCUGGCGAAGCACCCUAGAACGCUGCCAGGAAGCCGCCCUAAAUCUUUACAUCGGAGAGAUUCUCUACGCUACGGGAUCGAGAGAUGAGGGCUUGGCAUGGACAAGAGACGGAGUGGACUUGGCAGAGGAGCAACUCCGAGAUUCCAAGCUACCCCAGGACGCCCGCGAGACGAAAUCAACGUGCAGAAAUUGUCUGUCUACUGGAUUGGGUAACUGGUCCAUCAUGGUAUCAAGAUUGGCAAAGGAGGAGAAGGAAAAGAAGGCGACAGGAUCUCAGACAUCCAUGUUCUCCUUCUGGAGCGGAUCAUCGCAAGCGACGGAAGGCCGCUGGGAAGCUGAGGAGGUGGUGAUUCAAGACCGCGUCAAGCGGACGCGGGAGUUGCUGGAGGAUGUUCAGGCGCCAAAGCCCGGCAUUGUGUCGUUUUUCAAGGUAUAA